AUGGCUUUGAUGGACCAUUUGAAGUCCCUAGACUCCGAACGACAAAAAGCUCAGCGCUAUGCCCGAGAGUUGCACCUCGAUUUGGUGAGAUGGCACAAGGAGUUCGAAGAGGGGCAUUCUUUCACUGGUCAUAGUCACUAUGGUCUGUUUGGUGCUCAGCAUAGGUGCCGCCUCAUUGAUGGAUGUGCGAAAGCCACUCCUGAGCAGCAUCGACACUUUGCGAGG